AGAGGAGAUCAGGGCCGAGGUGAGGGCUGAAUUCCACGUCAUGUUCCAGCAGCAGUUUCAGAGCAUGCGCCCGGUGCCGUCUCCUAUAGAGGAACAUGUUAUCCCUCCCCCUCCCACAGGGAGAAGCGGGAAAGGAAGUUGUUCCGCAUCAGCCAUCCCAGAGGAUGACAUGGACGAUGGUAGUCCAUGUCUGCUAUACAUUUUAGAGGAUACUGAGAUGGUGCUGGUAGCUCGUGGAACAGAGUUUAGGUCAGCGACUGUAUGUCAUGGUAUGCAACUAUUAGAGGAUGAGGUGAAGGUCUCAGUGGAUGAAAUGAUCAUACCAGAUGCCUCGGUAUAUGUCUGGGGUCAGUAA